AUGUCUCUGCUCACCCACCUACUGGUCUGCAUCUUUGGCUCUGGCUCCUGGGUGGCCAUCAAUGGGCUAUGGGUAGAAUUACCUCUGCUGGUGACACAACUACCUGAGGGUUGGUACCUACCCUCCUACCUCACGAUCAUCAUCCAGCUAGCCAAUGUGGGGCCACUCUGCAUCACCCUGUUCCACCGAUUCCGGCCUGGCUGCAUCCCUGAGGUCCCGGUCAUCUUUGCUGUGUUAGCCCUGGGCACAACAGCCUGCCUCCUCUUCUCUUUCCUGUGGGAGAAGACUUCAGUGGUGGCAGGAGUUCCCCAUAGCACAGCCUUCCUGGUCCUCACCUUCUUCCUGGCCCUGGUGGACUGUACCUCCUCUGUCACUUUCCUGCCCUUCAUGGCCCGUCUGCCAGCCCAGUACCUCACUACCUUCUUUGUUGGGGAAGGGCUGAGUGGUCUCCUCCCUGCUCUGGUAGCUCUGGCUCAAGGCUCAGGGCUCAACACCUGUGCCCAGAUCACCAAUGACUCUCUAACCAAUGAGCUGCCGAACAUCACUCAAGCAUCCUUCUUGCUUCGGGCACAGAACAUUACUCUGAACACUCAGCUAGAGUCCUGUUACCUGCCAGCCAAUUUCUCCCCUUUUGUGUUCUUUAUUCUGCUGUCAAUCAUGAUGGCCAGCUGCCUGGCUGCCUUCUUUGGCCUGACUCGACUCCCUAAGCAGUGGGAGCUCUCUACUGAGGACCUCCUGGUCAGCCAGGUGACUCUCAGAUCCUUCCAGCUCCAGGAAACCUCAACUGCCAGCAGCAACCGAGACAGCUGUGCAUCAGUGGUCCUGCCUGAGGAGAAGAAGACCCCUGUCUGGCCACAGGCCCAAUUAGCCUUCAUCUAUAUACUGGUGGUCUUUGUGAAUGCCCUCACCAAUGGAAUCCUCCCUUCUGUUCAGACUUACUCCUGCAUGUCCUAUGGUUCCAUGGCCUACCACCUGUCUGCAGCUCUUAGUGCCAUGGCCAACCCCUUAGCUGGCAUCCUGGCUAUGUGCCUGUCCAAUAGGUCGGUCUCGUGGUUGGGGGUCAUCACACUGGUGGGCACCGGUUUCGGAGCCUACAACAUGGCUAUGGCCGUCCUAAGUCCCUGCCCUCUGUUGAAGGGCUCCCGCUGGGGAGAAGCCAUCAUCGUUAUCUCUUGGGUGCUUUUCACCGGAACCCUGAGCUACGUGAAGGUGAUGACUGGGGUGCACCUGCGCAACCUGAGCCACAGCGCCCUCGUGUGGUGCGGUGCAGCGGAACAGCUGGGCUCGGCGUUUGGGGCACUACUCAUGUUUCCUCUAGUCAACGUGAUCCACCUUUUUAAGUCUGCGGAUGGAAACAGCCAGCAGUGUCCCAGCUGAGCAUGCCCGGGACAACUUUUCUGGACUGAAUUUUACUGGGCCAGAGCUAAAGCCUUGGCGACACAACCAUGACCUCAUCUCGAGUUUCCCUCAGACGAUCCUCUCCCUAACGCCCCCCCCCCCCCCCAAGCAGUGUUAAAGCCCCCAGAAUUGAGCCAUCGGGGAAAACUCCCCUCCCAUCUCUGAGAGUCACAGCAGUCAGCACCUUGGUCAGUGUUUCGGGAAGCCAGUGUUAUUGGCAUUUGGGUGCCUUGGGGGGGAAAGUAGGCUAGUUGUUUAGAGCCCUGACAGAUUAAGUAAUUUGUCCAGGAUCACACAGCCAGUGUGUGACAGAGGCAAGACUUGAACUCGGGUCUUUCUGAGGCUGACUUCCUAUCCACUACAGCACAUUUCCUUGCUUUUGUACUUCAAAUGAGUUCACGCAUUCGUUUCUGAGAUCAAUAAAAUCAGUUUUCUAUCUUACUCAAUACAACA